CGCCAGGGGAAACCUCCCAGCUCCUGGGCUUGGUAGGGCUUGGCUCGGGUAUCACCAGCGCAGCAUCCGCAGCUGCCCCCGCCCCAUCAGGAGUUGGCCGGGCCGGGUCGAGCCCGGCCGCGGGAAGGAGGCGACACCACUCCCCACGGCCCAAGAGGCCUGGAGUGGGAGGGUGGGGGUCCCGGGGAGAAGAGUGGGGGCUGCGGGCUGCGGGCGCCCCUCACCCCAGCACCUCCGCGCGCCCGGCUUGUCCGUCCUCCUCCUGCGGGCCCAGGCAGCCCCCCAGCCCCGGCCAGCCCCGGGGAGGCGUUGACCUGCAGCGCCCCGAGAGGUCAGCUUGCGUGGGGCUGGGAGGAGGAGGCGGCGAGGCCGCGGCGAGCAAAGUCCAGUGCCCUGGGCCUCGGCCGCGUCCGAGGGAGCUGGGUGUUCUCAGAGCGGGACGGACAACUUAGAGGCAGGCUGACAUGGACCGGGAGAACGGAAGGAACGGGACCGCCGGCAGCUCCUCGGGAGCGGAGGGUGACUUUGAACUAGCCACCACAAGUAACCGACAAGAGAGAAAAAAAAUGAAGAAAACUCACAUGAUCAGCCCAUUAACAUUGUUUCGAUAUUCUGAUUGGAAAGAUAAAUUAUUUAUGGUGCUGGGCACCAUCAUGGCUAUUGCUCAUGGUUCAGGUCUCCCGCUUAUGAUGAUAGUAUUUGGAGAAAUGACAGAUAGCUUUGUAAAUACUGCAGGAAACUUUUCUUUUCCAGUAAAUUUUUCUUUGGCGAUGUUAAAUCCAGCCAGAAUUCUGGAGGAAGAAAUGACCAGAUAUGCCUAUUAUUAUUCAGGAUUGGGAGGAGGUGUUCUAAUAGCUGCUUACAUUCAGGUUUCCUUCUGGACCUUAGCUGCUGGCCGGCAAAUUAAAAAAAUUAGGCAAAAAUUUUUUCAUGCUGUUCUCCGACAGGAAAUAGGGUGGUUUGAUAUCAAUGACACCACAGAACUCAACACACGCCUCACGGAUGACAUCUCCAAAAUCAGUGAAGGAAUUGGUGACAAAGUUGGAAUGUUCUUUCAAGCAGUGGCAACAUUUUUUGCAGGAUUCAUAGUGGGGUUCAUAAGAGGAUGGAAGCUAACACUUGUGAUUAUGGCCAUCAGUCCUAUCCUGGGACUUUCUGCAGCUGUCUGGGCAAAGAUACUGUCUGCAUUUAGUGACAAAGAAUUAGCAGCCUAUGCUAAGGCUGGUGCAGUGGCAGAGGAGGCACUGUCUGCCAUCAAGACUGUGAUAGCCUUCGGGGGACAAAACAAAGAACUUGAAAGGUAUCAGAGACAUUUAGAAAAUGCAAAAAAGAUUGGAAUAAAGAAAGCUAUUUCAGCAAACAUUUCUAUGGGCAUUGCCUUCCUGUUAAUAUAUGCAUCCUAUGCACUGGCUUUCUGGUAUGGAUCUACUCUAGUCAUAUCCAAGGAAUAUACGAUUGGAAAUGCACUUACAGUCUUUUUUUCAAUAUUGAUAGGAGCUUUCAGUGUUGGACAGGCUGCACCAUGCAUUGAUUCAUUUGCUAAUGCCAGAGGAGCAGCCUAUGCAAUCUUUGAUAUCAUUGAUAACAAUCCUAAAAUUGACAGUUUUUCUGAGAUUGGUCAUAAACCGGACCACAUCAAGGGGAAUCUGGAGUUCAGAAAUGUUCACUUCUCAUAUCCUUCCCGAGCUGAUGUCAAGAUUUUAAAAGGAAUCAAUCUCAAGGUUAAUAGUGGACAAACAGUAGCCCUGGUUGGUAACAGUGGCUGUGGCAAAAGUACAACUGUUCAAUUGAUACAGAGACUGUAUGACCCUCUGGAGGGCACGAUCAACAUUGAUGGGCAAGAUAUUCGAACUCUAAAUGUCAGGUAUCUGAGGGAAAUAAUUGGAGUCGUGAGUCAGGAACCGGUGCUAUUUGCUACCACGAUUGCUGAAAACAUUCGCUAUGGCAGGGAAGAUGCCACCAUGGACGAGGUCAAGAAAGCUGUCAAAGAUGCCAAUGCCUAUGACUUCAUCAUGAAACUACCAGAGAAAUUUGACACACUCGUUGGAGAAAGGGGGGCCCAGCUAAGUGGAGGUCAGAAGCAGAGAAUAGCAAUUGCCCGAGCUCUCGUUCGGAAUCCCAAGAUCCUUCUGCUUGAUGAGGCAACAUCAGCCUUGGAUACUGAGAGUGAAUCAGAGGUGCAAGCUGCUCUGGAUAAGGCAAGAGAAGGUCGAACUACCAUUGUGAUAGCUCAUCGUUUGUCUACAAUUCGAAAUGCAGAUGUCAUAGCUGGUUUUGAGGAUGGUGUCAUUACAGAACAAGGGAGCCACAGUGAGCUGAUGAAAAGGGAAGGGGUUUACUUCAAACUUGUUAACAUGCAGACAUCAGGAAACCAGAUUCAGUCAGAAGAAUUUGAAGUUGAAUUGAAAGAUGAGAAUGCCACUGGAAUGGCACCAAAUGGCCUGAAAUCUCGCCUUUUUAGGAAUUCCACACACAAAAGUUUUAGAAAUUCACGAAAACAUCAGAAUAGCUUUGAUGUAGCUCCAGAAGAGCUUGAUUCAGAUGUGCCUCCAGUAUCUUUUCUCAAAGUCCUGAAGCUGAAUAAGACAGAAUGGCCUUACUUUGUGGUGGGAACUCUCUGUGCCAUUGUCAAUGGGGCCUUGCAGCCAGCAUUUUCCAUCAUCUUCUCAGAGAUGUUAGCAAUUUUUGGACCAGGGGAUGAUGAAGUGAAGCAGCAGAAGUGCAAUAUGUUCUCAUUGCUCUUUUUAGGGCUUGGAAUUAUUUCUUUCUUUACUUUUUUCCUUCAGGGAUUUACAUUUGGAAAAGCUGGGGAGAUCCUUACAACAAGACUUCGGUUUAUGGCUUUUAAGGCCAUGCUAAGACAGGACAUGAGUUGGUUUGAUGAUCCUAAGAACAGUACUGGUGCACUUUCAACAAGACUUGCGACUGAUGCUUCCCAAGUCCAAGGAGCCACAGGUAGCAGGCUGGCUUUGAUUGCUCAGAAUACAGCAAACCUUGGGACUGGGAUAAUCAUAUCAUUUGUAUACGGUUGGCAAUUAACCCUUUUGCUAUUAUCAGUUGUUCCAAUCAUUGCUGUAUCAGGAAUCAUUGAAAUGAAAAUGUUGGCUGGAAAUGCUAAAAGAGACAAAAAGGAACUGGAAGCUGCUGGAAAGAUUGCGACAGAGGCAAUAGACAAUAUAAGGACAGUUGUAUCGUUGACCCAAGAAAGGAAAUUUGAGUCAAUGUAUGGAGAAAAUUUGAAUGGGCCCUACAGAAAUUCUGUGAGGAAAGCCCAUAUCUAUGGAAUCACUUUUAGCAUUUCCCAGGCAUUUAUGUAUUUUUCCUAUGCUGGUUGUUUUCGAUUUGGUGCUUAUCUAAUAGUGAAUGGACACAUGCGUUUUCGAGAUGUUAUUCUGGUGUUUUCUGCCAUUGUAUUUGGGGCCAUGGCCUUAGGACACGCUAGUUCAUUUGCUCCAGACUAUGCUAAAGCCAAGUUGUCAGCAGCCCACUUAUUUAUGUUGUUCGAAAGAGAGCCUCUCAUAGACAGCUACAGUGAAGCAGGACUGAAGCCAGAUAAGUUUGAAGGGAAUGUGACAUUUAAUGAAGUUGUGUUCAACUAUCCUACCCGGCCAAAUGUCCCUGUUCUUCAAGGCCUGACCUUGGAGGUAAAGAAGGGGCAGACCCUGGCUCUUGUGGGCAGCAGUGGUUGUGGGAAGAGUACAGUGGUUCAACUGCUUGAGAGAUUCUAUGAUCCCCUGGCUGGAAAGGUGCUUCUGGAUGGUCAAGAAACCAAGAAGCUGAACAUCCAGUGGCUCCGGGCUCAGCUUGGCAUUGUGUCCCAGGAGCCCAUCUUGUUCGACUGCAGCAUUGCAGAGAACAUCGCCUAUGGAAACAACAGUCGGGAGGUGUCACAGGAAGAAAUUGUAAAUGCAGCCAAAGCCGCCAAUAUCCAUCCUUUCAUUGAAACACUACCUGAAAAAUAUGAAACCAGAGUGGGAGACAAAGGGACUCAACUCUCAGGGGGUCAGAAACAGCGUAUCGCUAUUGCUAGAGCCCUUAUCAGACAUCCUCGAAUCCUCCUGUUGGAUGAAGCCACAUCAGCGCUGGAUACAGAAAGUGAAAAGAUUGUUCAAGAAGCCCUGGACAAGGCCAGAGAAGGUCGUACGUGUAUUGUGAUCGCUCAUCGCCUGUCCACCAUCCAGAAUGCCGACCUUAUUGUGGUUUUCCAGAAUGGCAAGGUCAAAGAACAGGGAACACACCAACAGCUGCUAGCUCAGAAAGGCAUCUAUUUUUCACUGGUCAACGUUCAGACUGGGACACAGAACUUAUGAACUCUUAUUAUUUUCCAUUUCUUAGAAAUAAACAUACAUACUAUUUCACUA